UCAGUACUUAAACUCGGGUCAGCAGCGUCGCACCGGCGGGCUAGCUUCUCAUCGGACCCGAUCGGCAGUUCAAAAUUAUAUGUACUUAAAAGCACGCAAUCGUGAAACGAAACCCACGAAACGCGAUCUAACAAAAAUGAAAACUGUUUGUAUGUGGAUAAUACCAGUGCUGAUCCUGCUGCUGCUGGAAUCAAAGCAAGUGGAGUCUAAGAAAUAUCAGCGAUGCGAACUCACCCGAGUUCUGGUGGAAAACUAUCAUUUUGACAAGACUUUCAUCUCCAACUGGAUCUGUCUGGUGGAGCACGAGAGUUACCUGGACACCAGCAAAAUAACUGUAAACCAGAACGAUAGCAAAAACUAUGGUCUGUUCCAGAUCAGCAGCAAAAAUUAUUGUUCCGAGGGUCGAAAAGGAGGGCAGUGCAACAUGAAAUGUGAAGACUUUUCCAAUGACGAUAUUGGCGACGACAUUGCCUGUGCCAGAAUGAUCCAAGAGCGCGAGGGCUUCAAGUACUGGAAGGGCUGGGAGCGCUACUGCCGCAAUCCCCAGAAUCUUCCCAAUCUCCGCGUGGCCUGCAACCUGCGCAGCCUGUCUCCUCUGCGAACACCUCGCGGAUUCCUUCUCGGCUAAGACCCAUAUUGCCCUGUACUACUCGAGCAUCUAACUAAAAAUAUAGAUACAUGAAUGCUUUGCAUAAUUGCUUGCCCGGAUCUGCAUUUGCUGAUUGCCCACACAGGGAGAGCAAAUCGCAGACUGAGGGUUUCCAAGUGGG